AUGAAGAUUGUAACUAGGAAUUUUGGGUCUCUGUUGGGGAGCGGUGGUUUUGGUUCGGUGUUCAAAGGAACCCUAACAGACGGCACGCUUGUAGCUGUAAAGAAACUCGAUCAUUCAAGAGAAGACGAGAAGCAAUUCAGAGCAGAAAUCGGUUCUCUUGGAAACAUACAGCAUGUGAAUUUUGUAAGUCUUGGAGGAUUUUGUGCAGAGGGAUCACAAAGGCUACUUGUUUAUGAUUACAUGCCCAAUGGCUCUCUGAAUUCUUUACUAUUCAGUAGCAACAACCAAAGCAAGCGGAAGCACAUUAUUCAGAAUGAUGUUAAGCCUGAAAAUAUUCUCCUCGACAGUGAAUUUUCCCCAAUGUUGGCUGAUUUUGGGAUUGCAAAGAAUGCAGAGAGCACAUUAUUCAGAAUGAUGUUAAGCCGUGUCCUGACCACAACGAGAGGAACGAGUGGUUACUUGGCUCCAGAGUGGCUUUGGGGUCUUCCCAUCACUCCCAAGGGGAACACAAUUGAUAUCGUGGAGGAGGGCGUUUUACUUGCAGAAAAGGCGGAUAUAGAAGAGGCGAGAAGAGCUAUUGUUGUUUGGGUUGCUAUGCAUUGA